AUGCCUUCCCUUGGAAAGAUCCUGCUCUCCUCCUCGUUCUUUUUUCUCUCCCAGUGCCUGCAAGGCCUGGCUUUCCUUCAUGCCAACCAGGUGAUCCACAGAGACAUCAAAAGUGACAACAUCCUUCUGGGCCGGGAUGGCUCCGUCAAGCUGGCCGAUUUUGGCCUCUGUGCUCCGUUCAGCCCUGAGCAGAGUAAACGGAGGUCGAUGGUCGGGACCACUUGCUGGAUGGCACCCGAGGUGGUGAGAAGAGAGCCAUACGGCCCCAAAGUGGACAUCUGGUCCCUUGGCAUCAUGGGAAUAGAAAUGGCCAAAGGAGAGGCUCCUUAUAUUCGGGAAACCAGUGAGAGGGUAAGGUGCAAAUACGCUCAGAGAGCGGUGUCCUUCUCCUGUGUGUCCAUUAGACAAAAUCCCAUGCCCACAGCUUAAAGUGCUUCCACCAAG